GAAAAUGGAAAAAUAUGUUUGGCUUUUGUUUUAUCAUUUUUGGCCCAUUUCAACAAUCAUCAUUAUUAUGGCCAAAUUUACAAUCGGUUCAAGCAAGUCGUGUAAUUGAAAUGAAUGAUCGACUUGUUGAUGUUUAUCCAAAUGAUAAAAGAUCAUUUUUGAUAAAAUUUUAUGCUCCAUGGUGCCAUCAUUGCCAAGAUUUGGAGCCUGUAUGGGCCCAGGUUGCCCAACAAUUGCACAAUUUGGAUGCCAAUAUUGUGGUUGGUCGUGUUGAUUGUACCAAAUACUUGACAGCAGCUAGUCAUUUUACAAUUCGUGGAUUUCCAACCAUUCUGUAUAUAAAUUCACAGAAACAAAUUGAAUUCAAAGGCGAAAGAAUUCGUGAUGAUAUCAUUGAUUUUGCAUUACGUGUCCAUGGACCGCCUAUCCGGUAUUUAUCUAGUUGUGAUCAACUAAACGAUCUAGUUCAGGAUGGCCGUCGAGUGAUUUUCAUCAAUUUCGGUCCAGAAGCCGAUGGUAAUUUCACACGAUUGGCUGCCACAUUUCAACCAUACGAUUGGUUUUUUCGUUCAUUAAUGUUAUGUCAAGAUUUUCAACCGGGCAUUUAUGCUUUGAAAUCGAAAAAUGUUUAUGCCAAAUUCGACUACCAAAUACAUGGCGAUCUUAUUGCCUGGAUACGACGACAUCGAUUUCCUCAUUUCACUCGAUUCACUAGUACCAAUCUACACAUGGCCUUGAGUAGUCAUAAAUUGUUAGCCAUAUCAAUUGUAGAAGAAUAUCGAUCUAGUGGCAAAUUGAUUGGCCAGAAAAAUGUUGCAUUCAAAAAUAUAAUGGAAUCAAUUGCCAAUGAAUAUUCGAAUAAAGAAGAUCAUUUUCUUUUUGGUUAUUCAUCCGAUUUGAUCACCAUGAAUUCAUUGGCCAUUCGUACUGUACAACCGAUACCGAAUCUUUUGAUUCUCAAUUCAACAACAUUGAAAUAUUAUUUAUUGAGUGAUAAUAUCGAUGAAAUUGGCGACACUUAUCAAGCGAUACGUGCGAAUAUUGAAAAAUUUCUUGACAAAAUUAUUCAUGAACCUGAUACUUUGAUUUAUUAUGGUGGCGAUAGUUAUGUUCAUCGAAUAAUUCGUCUAUUUUUCGAUACACUGACAACAAUAUUGACAAUGUAUCAAGGAAAUCCAAUAUUAACAUUAUUAUUACUUGGUUUACCUAGUUCUUUCUUGGCCAUUAUUGUCUAUAUGACAUGUUGUUCAGAUUUUCUUGAUGCACGUGAUGAUGAUCUUGUUGAUCCAGAUCAUGAUGAACAACAAGAUGAUGAACAUGAAAAACGUGAUUAGUAAAUGAUAAUAUGAUCUCAAUAAAUAUAUAUAUCAACAACACAGCGCAGACCAUGUACAACAGCAACAACAACAAAAACAAACCCAGUGUAUAUCAAUAUAUAUUAUAUUUUA